GGAUUUAUGUAUGUGUAUGCAUAUAAAAUAAUAAAAAUAUACACCCUGUAAUACUACACAUGUUGAUAUAGAUAUAUGACAUACUUACACAUGCUGAGUAUAUAUACAUGCAUGCAAACAUAUAUACUCACAUUCAUAUACUCGCAUUCAAACAAGUUAUAGACAGACAGACAGACGGAUAAUCAGAGUGACACCCAGACACACCGACAGAAUAUUUGUUGAAAUUUUAACUGCCACCUUAACAAUUUUUUUUUUUUUUAGUUAUUUCUUUAUUUAAUUAACAAAAACGAGAACUAAAAAUAAGAAACGGAAAAGGAAAAAAAAAAAUGAAAUGGCGAACAAGCAAAAGGCCAGAAGACACAAAUGUCCGCGGUGAAAAAAAAGUUUAAAUAACUACAAAAGCUAAUAUAUGUAUAUGUAUAUAUAUAUAUAUAUAAAGGAAAAAAAGAAAAUAGUGUGUGAGUGAGAUAAAGAGCGAGCGUGAGAGAGUGAGUGAGAGAGAGAGAGAGAGAGUGAGAGAGAGGAGAAGCAGUGUAAAUUGAAAAUUCUCUCCGAGAUCGUGGCGGUUCUUUCGUUAUACAAGCCAAAUCUAAGUGAUGUCCUUUUCAAAGACGUAAUCCAACUUCAAAGUGUCAUGCAAUCAAUAAGAAAUAUUCUCUUGCUAUUUCACCCGAAAGAGAAAUGGGUGGAAGUCUAACAUCGCCCUUUAUCGGAUCAGCAUGUGUCUCUAUUCUCCUUGUGGUUCUGGUUUUAAACAUUGGCGAGUGUGUGGUUUACAUGCGUACGUUAAGUGACCGGGUUGUGACCACACGUUACGGAACGGUCCGAGGUGUGAUGGUGGAAUUCCCUAACCGUCAUCUCAAACCAGUCGAUGCGUAUUUAGGAUUGCCGUACGCCUCUUUGCUUAGAGGCAACCUUCGAUUCAUGCCUCCCACCAGUCCAAUGGAAAAAUGGACCGGUACCAGAGUGGUUCUUGAUAUGAGUCCCGUGUGCCCACAGAAAGUUCCCGAUCUCAACGACUUAAAAGGAAAAGUACCUGAGAGCCGUUAUGAGCACUACAAAAGGAUAGCACCUUUACUUUCAAAACAACUUGAAGAUUGUUUAAGCCUUAAUCUCUAUGUUCCCAGACAAGAAUGGAACAACACGAACCCUAUGCCCGUAAUGGUAUUUAUCCAUGGUGAGUCGUACGAUUCCGGAAGCGGAAACGUCUACGACGGAAGUGUAUUGGCUAGCUUUGGCGAAGUCAUUGUUGUAACUGUUAACUACCGGCUUGGAGUGCUGGGUUUCUUGAGCACGGGGGAUGGUACUGCCUCUGGUAACUACGCCACACUUGAUCAAAUCGCAGCGUUACAUUGGCUGAAGGAAAACAUUGAGAGCUUCAACGGCGACAAGCAGAGGGUGACGCUGUUCGGACAUGGUCAUGGGGCGGCGUUGGUGAAUCUCUUGUUAGUUUCACCUGUUACGAAAGUCCUCAGUACCCAAUCCCGUAGAGAAAAUUCUGAGCUUGAAGAUGGGACAUUAUUUCAACGUGCAAUACUCCAAAGUGGAUCAGCAUUAAGCUCUUGGUCUGUUGCCAACGAUCCAAUUGGCUGCACACACCAGCUUGCCUUGAGCGUCAACUGUUCCAUCGACGAUUCACAAGACCUCAUUAAAUGUCUACGAAAUAAAUCAUUCUCAGACUUAGUAAAAAACGCGCCGAAACCACCAAAAUAUUUUUCCUGUUUCGCACCCGUCAUCGAUGGUAAAAACAUCAUACCAAAGUCCGUGGAAGAGUUAAUUAAAAAACCAGUCUCAAUGUUUUCCAACGCAGAUCUAAUGUUCGGGAUCACUAAAAAUGAAGCAUAUUCUUACUUCGAUCAGGAGGACGUGGAAAAUGGAAUCUCCGAAGAAAAAAAGGAGAAAAUGCUACGUACUUAUGUACACAACAGGUUCCAGUUUCACAGACAAAAAGUAUAUGAAAUACUUGACCAUCACUAUGCCGAGUGGAGUAAGAAGACAACUCCAAAAAACCGCCGGGAUAGUCUUUUAGAACUACUCAGUGAUGGUCAAUAUAUUGCACCGUUACUAAAAGUGGGACAGCUGCAUGCUAAAACUGGCAAUACAUACUUUUAUUAUUUCACAUAUACGUCACAGUCUGACGAAAAAGGCAAAUUGUCUGGGGGAGAUGAGCUUCCGUAUAUUUUCGGGGCUCCCUUAGUUGACGGCAUACAACCUUUUAGCACGUCAUCGUAUUCGAAGUCAGAACGAAUGCUAAGUGAAGCAGUGAUGCGUUACUGGACGAAUUUUGCAAAAUCUGGAGAUCCCAAUAAACCUGUAAAACAAGAAUCGGUUCAUGGCGGAAGAGUGAUUAAUCGUUUCAUGGACCUCAAUUGGCCAAAAUACGAAGAGGAGGAGCAGAAGUAUAUACAUAUUGGAAGGCGUCCAAAUGUGAAAGAAUAUUACCGGGGACAAAAAAUUUCUGUGUGGUUAGAAUUACUUCCGAAAAUUCACAAACCAGAUAACUGCAGUCCAGAACAUCAUCGCUUAGACAACUCAAAUAACAUGAGUACAUACGAUGAGCCGGAUAGGCUUUUUCACUUUACGGAUGUCUUCCCUUCUCCUCCUCCUGUCCCUCCCAUUACCCCUCCACCCAAAUCGCAUUCUCCUUCUACAAAUGGUGGUCCAUCAACACCGUCAGCGAAUGGGUACAAUGUUGAGUACGCAAACGAUCUCUCAACUGGGACUACCCCAGAUUACGCGAUGGACGAUCGACGAACUACAACGGGUACAAACUCACAGAGAGAUUCUUCUUCGGCUGUUAAAGAAGGAGAAAGCAUCGUUCCUCUCAGCAUCACUGUGGCUGUCGGCUGCUCAUUACUCUUCCUCAACAUACUCAUAUUUGCUGGUGUUUAUUAUCAGCGAGAACGUAUGAAAAAAUCUAGACGAGAAAAAGACGAUAUGGACGAGAUCAAAUUAUCAAGGAAGAUUGAGAAGGAGUCGAACAAAAUCGGUGGUGUGUCUGGAGUCGGAAGUAUGGGUGGAGGAAUGGGUGGAAGUAGUAUAGGAGGCCCUGAAACCGUUAGUUUAAUGUCAACACCCCCGACGCAAUCAUCACCUACUAGGCAGGCUCAACAUAAUAAUCCAUCAAAUAAUUCUAGUAAACAAAAUCCUAGCAAAAUACCCGCUUCGCAAGCGUAUUCAUAUAGCGCAUUGCCAACAACGUCUUCAUCACCUUUGCACAGGGCAUCAAAUACUCCAUCUUCCACACUUGACCAUCCUACGAAAGGAAGUUCGCCAUCUCGAAAGGUCAUACCGAAUGCUAUAAAAUCUAAAGAUUCCAUGGAAUCAGGCAAGAAAUCACAUCGAUCAUCGGGUAUUGACCAGGCAAAUAAUGCUAUUACGAUAGUGUGAGUGCUGCAUUUAUUUUUAAAGAAAGACAUAACAAAAAAAAACAUCUAUAAACAAUCAAGAAAGAUUUACCAAUUAUUUCACAAAACAAUUAUAACCAUUUAUAUGUGUGAAUAGGUUAACAAAAAUGUAUUUGGGCAGUUAAUGUAUUUAUAAAGCACACCAUAAUAUGUCAUUCGGGCUGGAGACAUGUGGUUUCUUAAGUGGAAUCAACGUGCUGGAUACAUUUCCUUACGAUAUAUAAGAACUGGAUUCAAUUUUGAAAUAUCACAGAUGGAAAGUUGAUGAUGAUGUUGAUGAUGAUGAUGAUAAUGAUGAUGAUGAUGGUGAUUAAUGUUUAAUAAUAACAACAAUACUAUUCAUAAUAAUAAUGAUAAUGGUGAUGAGGAAAAUGACGAUGACGACGAUGAUGAUGAUGAUAUUGAUGAUGAGAUAUGAAAAUGAUAAUGAUGUUGAUGAUGAUGAUAUUAAUGAAUAUAAGGUUAUAAAGGUAAAGGAGAAAGGGUUUGACAGAUAAAAGAUAAUGUCGGAGGAAGUGUUGAAAGUCAUGAUGAUGAUGAUGAUGAUGAUGAUAAAUACAAUGACAAUAAUAAUAAAAAAAACAAUAAUAAAAUAAUGCUGAUCGAUUAAUGUCCUUUACUGACGAAAACAAAAUUAAGGUUUAAACGAAAUUUUGAUGGAAAUUUUACAAUGCCUUAUGAAAUGAGAAAGCGAAGAAAUAAGCAGAAUAUAUCUGUGGCAAGAGUCACGCAGAAAAUAAAUUUGGA